AUGGGUCUCAUCAAAACCGGCAUUGCUCUUGCGGGCGCAUAUGGCCUGAUGAAGGCCGGAUCCAAAGCAGCCAAUGAACACGAGGACAAGCGCAACCAGCGCUAUCGGCAGCAACAACAACCCCCAUACACCCAGCAGCCUCCAUACGAGCAUCCCGGUCCCCAAGGGUACUAUGGCCCCAAUCCCAACAAUCCACCGCAGUCAUCUCCAUACGCCCACUAUCAUGGAUAUCCCCACGGCCAGGCAUAUCCUCAGGGUCACGGGCAGGGAACCGGUUCCCGGGCUAUUACCGACUAUCCAAGUCAUGGUCAGAACUAUAGCCCCAACUAUAGUCACCAACAACCAUAUCCCCAACAGCCCUACCCGUCUGGUUACCAGAAUCCUCCAAUGAAUUAUAGUGGCCACUCCAACUAUCCUCCGCCUGCCUAUGAGCCAGGACCUGGAUACAACGCAGCCAACAAGCCAGAGAAAUCCCCGGCUGGAACCGCCCAGCAAUACAACAGAGACUGGAGGUGA